AUGUCGACCGAAGCGUUUCAAGCGGCGCGGAUAGCCGUCGAUGACUGCCACAAGAACGAUCCUGCCUAUCUUGCCCGCACUCGUGAUCACUCAUCUGAGCACGAUGCAACCAAGAUCAAGAUGGCCAAGGUGGACGAACUCACCUACGCCGACAGCAUGGAGUAUUGGGCCUCGCAUCUGAUCGGUUUGCGACUCGAGACGUCGGAAUACCAAGAGUUCGCAGCACUCGUCUCACCCUCUUCCACGUCCGAUGUCAAAUCCAUCGUUCGGACCGGCGAGCUUCUGCGCAUCGCUGCACGAUGUCAGCAUCUGGAACGCUUCCUCACUCCACGCUCUUCCUACCCCGAGGGCAAAGCAGGAUACCUCAAGUGGAGACGAGAUUUGUACAAGAUCCAGGCUGACCGCGCCAAGCAGUUGCUCAUGCAAGCCGGCGUCGACGAAUCAAGCGCCGACUGGGUUCACAAGUGGGUAAGCAAAACCGAGCUGCAUCCAGGAAAGCCUACGGGUGAUUUGGGAACCCAACUCCUCGAAGACGCUGCAGUGCUUGUCUUCCUUCAAGACGAGUUAGAGUUGUUUGCGGGACAACAUGAAGAGUAUACAGAACAAAAGUUUGUCGACAUCAUCAAAAAGACGUGGCGCAAGUUGAGCGAAUUGGGCAAGCAGGAAGCAUUGAAGUUGAGUAUGCCCAAAGGACUGGAGCCGAUCGUAUUGAAGGGCAUCGCUGCGCUCGAGGGCGGAGAGCAGAAGUCACAAGAAGGCUCUAGCACACAGUCAAUCGGCUGCUCUUCAUCACUAAAGAAAAAAACCUCAUCAUCAGCGUCGAUCAUGCAACCUCGAACUCUGCGACCAGAAUCUGCCGCUGAAGCAGAGGCGAUUCUGGCUUCGCUUCCCGAAGCCUCUGGCUCGGACGUCUUCGGAGCACGCCUCUUGACCACCGACUCGGAUAUUUGGUCUCACAAUGCGUGGGAUCACGUCACCCCACCAGCGUCGUACUACGACCAGGUCGCAGCGACCCUCGCUCGUCAAGCUGAGACCAAACUUACGCUGGAGGAGGCAUCUUCUUACCAUGCAUCGCCGGCCAAGUUUUGGGAUACGUUUUACUCUUCGCACGAGAAUCGGUUCUUCAAAGAUCGCAAAUGGUUGCACUUGGAGUUUCCCGAAUUGGUGGCAGCGAGCUAUGCGGAUGCUGGGAAAAAACUUGUCUUGGAGGUAGGGUGUGGUGCAGGCAACACGGUCUUCCCACUACUCCAGAUCAACCAGAACGAAAAGCUGGUCGUACAUGCAUGCGAUUACUCUCGAGAAGCAGUGACGGUAGUCCGUUCCAAUCCGCUCUACGCUUCGCCCCCUGGCGGUGCCACCUGUCACGCUGACGUAUGGGACCUUUCCAGCCCCACCGAGUUACCUCCAUCCCUGAAACCCGGAUCUGUCGACAUCAUCGUUCUGAUCUUUGUGUUUUCCGCCUUGCAUCCAAACGAGUGGUCUCAAGCUGUAAGCAACAUUAAAUCCUUGCUUAAACCCGGCGGAGUCGUGCUCUUCAGAGACUACGGAAGAUACGAUUUACCUCAACUGCGAUUCAAGAAACGACGCAUGUUGGAGGACAACUUCUACUUGAGAGGUGACGGUACGCGAGUCUACUUUUUCGAGCCUGAACAGCUCUUCAGUAUUUUCAAUGCUGAGCCACAAAGCACCACCACCAACACCACGACAGAAACCGAUGCACGAGUCCAAGAGGACAGCCUGAAUCCUACCUCGAAAGGUGCCGGCGAUAGUGCUCAAGAAAGCAUAGAGACAGCAGUAGUGCAAAAGGAACAAGCCAAACGAUACGACUUUGCAACCACACAGAUGGCUAUUGAUCGUCGAUUGAUCGUGAACCGUAAGGAGAGGAAGCAGAUGUACAGGAACUGGCUACAAGCAAAAUUCCAACGUCUCGAUGAGACGUCUGCUUAG